CCCAGUUCAACCGGCCCGGAGUGCUCCCCCGCUGCCCGCCCCGCCGUGCUCUGUCCCGUUCUGUCCCGCCGGCGGCCGCGGCCCGCCCCGCGUUCCCCGCCGCAUCAGGAUGUCGGUGCCGGAGCCCGCCGGCGGCGAGGAGAAGCAGGCCAAGGAGGUGGAGGACGCCGAGAAAUAUUCCUUCAUGGCCACCGUCACCAAGGCCCCCAAGAAGCAAAUCCAGUUUGCAGAUGACAUGCAGGAGUUCACCAAAUUCCCAACCAAGACAGGCCGUCGGUCCCUGUCCCGCUCCAUCUCCCAGUCUUCCACCGACAGCUACAGCUCUGCUGCCUCGUACACGGACAGCUCUGAUGACGAGGUGUCCCCCCGAGAGAAGCAACAAACCAACUCCAAGGGCAGCAGCAAUUUCUGUGUGAAGAACAUCAAGCAGGCGGAGUUUGGGCGCCGGGAGAUUGAGAUCGCUGAGCAAGACAUGUCUGCUCUGAUUUCGCUCAGGAAACGAGCCCAGGGGGAGAAGCCUUUGGCUGGAGCUAAGAUCGUGGGCUGUACCCACAUCACAGCACAGACUGCAGUGCUGAUCGAGACGCUGUGUGCCCUGGGGGCACAGUGCCGCUGGUCUGCCUGCAACAUCUACUCCACCCAGAACGAAGUGGCUGCUGCCUUGGCAGAGGCUGGUGUUGCUGUGUUUGCCUGGAAAGGGGAGUCAGAGGAUGAUUUCUGGUGGUGCAUUGACCGCUGUGUUAACGUGGAUGGCUGGCAGGCCAACAUGAUCCUGGAUGAUGGUGGGGACCUGACCCAUUGGGUUUAUAAGAAAUACCCCAGCGUGUUCAAGAAGAUCCGAGGGAUUGUGGAGGAGAGUGUGACCGGUGUCCACAGGCUGUACCAGCUCUCCAAGGCUGGGAAGCUCUGUGUCCCAGCCAUGAACGUGAACGACUCUGUCACCAAGCAGAAGUUUGAUAAUCUGUAUUGCUGCCGGGAAUCCAUCCUGGAUGGCCUGAAGAGGACCACAGAUGUGAUGUUUGGAGGGAAGCAAGUGGUGGUUUGUGGUUAUGGGGAGGUGGGGAAGGGAUGCUGUGCUGCCCUGAAAGCCUUGGGAGCCAUUGUGUACGUCACGGAGAUUGACCCCAUCUGCGCUCUUCAAGCCUGCAUGGAUGGAUUUCGGGUGGUGAAGCUGAGCGAAGUAAUCCGUCAGGUGGAUGUCGUCAUCACCUGCACAGGAAACAAGAACGUGGUGACCAGGGAGCACCUGGACCGGAUGAAGAACAGCUGCAUUGUGUGCAACAUGGGCCACUCCAACACUGAGAUUGACGUGACCAGCCUGCGCAUGCCGGAGCUGACGUGGGAGCGGGUCCGUUCCCAAGUGGACCAUGUCAUCUGGCCAGAUGGGAAACGGGUGGUGCUGCUGGCCGAGGGCCGUCUGCUCAACCUGAGCUGCUCCACAGUCCCCACCUUUGUUCUUUCCAUCACUGCCACCACGCAGGCUCUGGCUCUGAUUGAGCUCUACAACGCCCCCGAGGGUCGGUACAAGCAGGACGUUUACUUGCUGCCCAAGAAGAUGGAUGAGUAUGUGGCCAGUUUGCACCUGCCCUCGUUCGACGCCCACCUAACGGAGCUCACGGACGAUCAGGCCAAAUACCUGGGACUCAACAAAAAUGGGCCUUUCAAACCCAACUACUACAGAUACUGAUGGGACCAUUUCCAUGAAGGACCAGACCACACAAGGCAACAUUUGAGAGAUUAUUUUUAGAAAUAAUUUUUAUUUUGGUUUACCUUUUUUUUUUUUUUCUCUUAACCAUCAUCAGAACCUGUUUUUACAUUUUAUCUGUGAUUUUAAGGUCAGGUUUUCUGUUCUCCCCCUUUUCCAUGAUUGCAUCUGUGUCUGAUCUUGCCAGACAACCUGGAAUUUGCUUCUUGCUUUCAUGUGGCUGAAGCCACUGAUUCCCAGCCCUGGCUCCAGGAGGGGCUUUCCCUUUCCUGCUAUGCCAAGGGCACUUCAUUCCUGCAGCAAUGGUUUAUUUCAGCUUUUGUUUUGUAUCUUUUCCCACCUUUCCAGCCCACGUUGGUCUCAGCCGGGCUCCCUGUGGAUCCGGAGAUGCUCUUCUACCUUAUCUUCUAUUUCUUUGUGUGGAUUAUCUGCAACUUCUAAAUUGCCUUAAAGAGCCCAGUUUUAGCUGCUAGAUCCCUGCUCCGGGUGCUUCCUGGGAGCAGAGUGGCCUGCAGGACACCUGGCAAAGGGGGUGACUGUGCCCAAGCCCAGCCCAGGUCCCUGCGCUGAGGUGGCCCAGGUUUGGUGGCCACUGGCCUGGGUUUGCUGGCCACCUGGGUCCAGGGGAGUUCAGUGUUUCGGGGUGCUAAUCUGAAUCCGGAUGGGGGUCACUUUCCCAGCAUUAUCCUCAUCUCUUCUAGGUUUUUUGUUUAUUUUUUUUAGCCAAACUGCACCUUAAUUGAGUUUUAAACAUCUUUUUCCCCAUU